CUAAAUGAUGAUGAGAUUCACGAAUUGAGAUCCAAAAUCAACGGUCGCGAAAGAAAAAGAAUGCAUGAUUUGAAUUUGGCUAUGGAGGAGUUAAGAAACGUCAUGCCUUAUGCUAAAGGUCCAUCAGUGAGGAAAAUCUCCAAAAUUGCGACUUUAUCGUUGGCUAAAAACUAUAUCAGUAUGUUAACU